AUGGCAGAAGAUAUGACAACUCCUUUACUCUCAGACUCUGAAGGCCCUGCUGAUGCCCUACCUGUAUGUCUAACCAGCCCUACAGUGGCCAUACUCGGUUCUGGAGAUUUUGCUCGCUCACUGGCUCUGCGGCUGGUAGCUUCUGGUGUGCGAGUGGUGGUUGGGAGUCGCUGUGUGAAUCGCAUCCCAUCAGGACUGUUCCCUGAUGCAGUGGAGUUGAGGAACCAGGAGGGGGCAGUAUCACAAGCAGUGUGUCUAGUGUUUAUGGCAUUGUUCCCUGAGCAUUACUGCUCCUUGCUGGGGCUACAGUCUGCACUGGCAGGGAAGGUGCUUGUGGAUGUAAGUAAUGCAGCAGAGAUGAAUAUCCAUGGGCUGUCCAAUGCGGAACGACUAGCUGAGCUGUUUCCAAACAGUCUAGUGGUCAAAGGUUUUAACACAGUUUCAACCUGGGAGUUACAGACUGGGGCUCAUGAUGGAAGCAGACAGGUCCUGAUCUGCAGUAACAGUACAGAGGGGAAGAAGAAAGUUGUCCAGUUGGCUCGGCAGAUGGGGUUCCACCCCGUGGAUAUGGGUGGCUUGUCUGCUGCUCGAGAAAUUGAAGUAGCCCCAUUGCGCCUAUUACCAUCUUGGAGUGGCCCAGUUGUUGUCACCUUCCUCCUUUUUCUCUUCUUCUAUGGCUAUGGUGUCCUGCUGGGAAUUUUGCUGCCUUUUCUUGCACAAGGACACAAUGCUUUCUACCGUCUUGCCCUUGACCUGGUGAACGAGAGCCUGCCAGCAGUAGCCUUGGUGACCCUGGCACUCGUAUACUUCCCAGGAUUGUUUGCUGCAUGGUUGCAGCUCUGGAGCGGCACCAAGUACCGACGUUUCCCAUCCUGGUUGGACAACUGGUUGCAGCGGAGGAAACAACUGGGCCUGUUGAGCUUCCUUGGUGCAGCGUUGCAUGGUGUCUACAGCCUUUGCCUGCCACUGCGCAGAAUUUCACUGCACAGGAUUGUCAAUACUGCCUACAAACAGGUAAAAGCAGGUACAGAGGAGCCCUGGGAUGAGCUGGGUGUUUGGCGAUCUGAGCUGUACCUUUCUUGUGGAGUGUUGGGUCUGGGUGUCCUUUCUUUACUGGCCGUCACUUCCCUACCCUCAGUGGGCAACACUCUCAACUGGAGAGAGUUUACAUUUGUACAGUCUGGUUUGGGCUACAUUGCUCUGACUCUGUCCAUCAUGCACACACUCUUCUUUGGCUGGGAUUUUGCCUUCCACAUUGAGGCAUAUCCAUUCUACAUGCCACCAAGCUACUUACUGGCUGUAGUUCUACCCUGCAUUGUUCUGGUGUGCCGUUGCUUCCUUCUUCUCCCAUGCAUCUUCACCAGACUGACAAGAAUCCGCCGGGGAUGGGAGAGUAAACGCAACUGUCCAGUCUUACAGCACCACCAUAUGGUGACUAAUGGAAUACCAUAGAGGUCUGGGAAUGAUUACAAGAACACCCAUGU